UAAAAACGUUGUGUUGUAUCAAAUACCGCCAUUAAGGCGGAUACUAAGGACUCACUCAGUAGAUUCAGAAUUCCCAAUCUUCCGGUCAUCAGAGCUCACCAGUUGGGUGUUAAACAGUAAUCGCUUAUCAGAAUAAAAAUUAUAACAAAGGUUAAGUAAAAGUAUGAUAUAAGUGAAUACUGUUUGAAAAUCGAAACCGUGACGAUGAGCAAACACCAAGAAAUGGAGUGUCCACCGGCUGCCAACUGUGAUGCGGACGAAGACGAAUGGAAGAAAAUGAGCUUAACGUCAAAAGCAGCCUUCGUGGCCCGAAACGUGACGGUAGAACCGAUGCUGGGCGUAUUCCAGCUUUCCAUGAUCAUGUCCAGCUUGACCACACAAAAUCUGAACAUGCAAAAGGCUUGCCGAGUGAACUUGAAUCUGGACAAGACGGCGUGCUUUGCCCUGGAGAAUAAAAACGCCUCAUCUUUCCCGGCCGAAGAGGUGGCAGUGCAGCAAAUGGUGACCAAGAUGAUGUUAUGGCAAAGCCUCUUCCAGAACAUGAUACCGUGUGUUCUGGUGAUGUUCGUCGGUUCGUGGAGCGACCGGAACCGGAAGCGGAAGCCGUUCAUGCUGUUGCCAAUAAUCGGCGAGCUCGUGCGCAAUAUCGGCUUAAUUGCUUGCGUGUACUUCUUUUACGAGUUGCCGAUGGAGAUAGCAGGUAUUGUCGAGACGGUCCCAUCUGCUAUUUCGGGUGGUCUUCCAGUACUGAUACUAGCCGUGUUCGCGUACGUGGGGGACAUAAGCACAGUUAAAAACAGGACAGUUCGAGUUGGGUUUGUAAGUUUAUUUUUUUCGGUCAGUGUCACAUUUGGAUCAGCAUUAUCCGGCAUCGUGUUUCGAGAUUAUGGUUUUUACGGCGUGUACAUUAUAUCCACUGCAUUGUAUUUGUUCAGCUUCAUAUACUGUAUAAUUGUCAUCAAAGAUAUUAAGCCCGACGUAGAAAAAUAUCAUGGACCCCAUAGUGCCGUUGAACAUUGCAAAAAAUCAUUUCUUCUCGAGAUAACCGAUUUCUUUGACUUGAAACAUGUAAAAGAAGCGAUUCGAGUUACAUUUAAGCGAAGAAAUGACGACAACCGAAGAAACGACAUUAUACUGUUGUUUGUUAUCAUGGUCAUUAUUUUGGGUCCUCUGAGCGGUGAACAAACAUUGAUGUAUUUGUUGGUUCGAGUUAAAUUCGGUUGGAAUGAAGUAGACUUCAGUGUCUUCUCCACGUAUUACUUUAUUUGUAAUCUCGUAGGUAUUGGAUUCGCAUUGUGGAUUCUGGUUAAUCGUUUGGGUAUUGACGACAGACUGAUCGGAGCAAUUGGAUGUCUGAGCAAAGGAUUGGCUUCUUUCGUUUACGCCUUUGCGCCGACCGAAUUUUUAUUCUACCUAGGUCCGAUUGUCGACAUUUUUCACGGUACAGCACUUGUUGCAUUUAGGGCGAUACUCUCAAAACUCGUUCCGGCAAAUCAACUAGGCCAAGCGUUGGCGGUAUCUUCACUCGUCGAAACUAUAGUUCCUGCAAUAUUCAGACCACUGUACAGUGUAAUUUAUUAUAAGACACUACACUAUAUACCUGGCGCAUUUUACGUACUUGGUGGAGUGCUUAAUUUUUUCGGCAUCAUUGUUUUUAUAUUGAUGUACAAGAAAAAAAAACAAAAUGAAAAAUGUAAAUACGUCGAAGAGAAACAAGCCUUAUCGGCAGAACCUAGAAGUGAGCAUCCAUAAAACCACAUUGAAAUUUGUUAAAAUUAUUAAUAUUGUUUUAAAUUAUUUUUACACGAAAAAUUGUUUUAUUUAUACCCUAUAACAUUUUUUUAUUGUUUAUUAUUUUACUAGUAAAAUAUACUAUAUUUACUACUGCCAACCUAUUUUACUUGUAUAUUAUAAUUUAUAUUAGCUAAGUUUUACUUAUUACUGGAACCUAUUUUAGAGUGUUUAAAUUAAACUCUAUCAUGCAGCGAGAGAACACGGUAAUUCUGCGCAUUCUUACGUAAUAUUCUGCCAUUGAUAUCACUUGUACUAUUGCAGGAUGUCUCGUGAGAAUGCACAAAAAAACCGAUUUUUAUCUCGAUGGAGUGUAGACUACUUUAUGUAUUGUUUUUGGAAUAUUUUAUAAUUAUUAAAUUGGUACGGUUAUCAUAUAUUAUUAUUGUUAGAAAUA